GCCCAGCGUCAUGACGUUUCACACACACCCCGCCCAGCGUCAUGACGCCCGGCCCCCAAAUUCCGUCCCUCGCUUUUUUUUGGGCGGUGUUGGCGGUUUUUCAAACCAAUCAGGCUUUUUGAGGGGCGGGUCUCCUGGCAACCCUCGGCUGGGCCUGGGGGCUUCGGUACUACGGCAGCCGUCGUGCCUCUGCUUCUGGGGGGAACUUGGCGGGGCUUAACCCUGCCCCACUCACUGGGGCUUAGCCCUGCCUGCCUCACUCACUUCGCGCCUGGGGGCUUAGCCUUGCCCUGCCCUCUGCUCCUGGGGGCAGGGGGGACUUGAGUGGCUUAGCCUCUCCCCCCCCCGGUUCUUGGGGUGCAACCCGACGGGCUCAGCCCUGCCCCAGCCCCGCAGCUGCUAGGCAGGAACGACUGGUGCCCCCCUCGCUCUGGUUUCCUGCCGCCUCCCCCCAUUCCCUCUUUCUUUCCCUUGUGAUUGACACCGCAGAAGCAGCUGGCGAUGGACGUAUUCGGGGACUUGCGGCGAAUGAACAAACGCCAGCUAUAUUACCAAGUAUUAAAUUUUGCCAUGAUUGUGUCUUCUGCGCUUAUGAUAUGGAAAGGUCUGAUUGUCAUCACGGGAAGUGAAAGCCCUAUUGUUGUGGUACUCAGUGGCAGCAUGGAACCAGCAUUUCAUAGAGGAGACCUGUUGUUCUUAACAAAUUUCCAAGAAGACCCUAUUAGAGCUGGUGAAAUAGUUGUUUUUAAAGUUGAAGGCAGAGAUAUUCCAAUAGUUCACAGAGUAAUCAAAAUCCAUGAAAAAGAAAAUGGAAACAUCAAAUUUCUGACUAAGGGUGAUAAUAAUGAAGUUGAUGAUAGAGGCUUGUACAAAGAAGGUCAGAACUGGCUAGAAAAGAAGGAUGUUGUUGGAAGAGCGAGAGGCUUUUUGCCUUAUGUUGGGAUGGUUACCAUAAUAAUGAACGACUACCCAAAAUUUAAGUAUGCUCUUUUGGCAGUAAUGGGAGCAUAUGUAUUACUGAAACGUGAAUCCUAAAACAAGAAGAAAAAGGCCUUGCCCAAGAUUGAAGUUAAAACUAUUGAAAAAACUAAUAUAUUUCAAAUGUUCCAAUUUCUUUAUCAGGUUACGCAAAAACAUGCAAACUUAUUUGUUUCGUCCAAAUAAAUUGAGUAAUGAGUAAACUUGUUGGCUGUUUGUUUAUAUAAUGUACUUAUUUUAUAUGAUCUUAGGCAGUUAUUUAUAAACUGAGGAGACUGGCUAACUUAACUGUAAACUGGCCGAUUAAGGAAUUCAGUGGUGGUAAAAAUUCUUUUGUCCGAAUUUAUCUAAAUUAUAGGCUUUAUUUACAGAACUUAACUUAAAAACAAUGGUUAAAUGUCUAACCUAGCAACUUAAUAUAGUUGUGUCCUGAGCAGUAUUGAAAAGGGAAAAGAUUUUACUUUGUGACCUCUUUGCUAGCAAUUCUUAACAUUCCUGGUUUAUGGGAGGAAAAGUGUAAUUGUCUAAAGGACUGAAAGCCAGGAGCUUAUGAGUCUAUUCCUGGCUCUAAAAUAGACUCUCAUUGUGGCCUUGAACAAGACACUUAUGGUCUGAUUUUCAGAGGUACUGAACAUCCAUCUAUCUGAAAAUCAGGCCAUUAAUCUCUGUCUGCUUCAAUGUUCCUAUUUGUAAAAUGGAGCUAAUACUUUCGAGCCUCACAAGGGCCUUUUGAGGAUUUAUUAAUAUUUGUAAAUUGCUAAAUGAAAAGCACUGUAGGUACUUGGGUGAUACUACUAAUAAAUACAGUACCAAGAGAGAGAUUA